UGUAUGUUGCUAUUUUGUGUUUUAAAAACCUAAUCCUGACUGUGCUGGUAGUCGCAUGAAUCUGUGCACAUACAUGCAAACAAGUACAUGUAAAACUGGUGAAAUCUGAAUAAGCUUCAUGGAUUAUAUCAAUGUCAGUUUCCUGAUUCUGACAGUGUGUGAUACUUAUGCAAGAUGUCAUCAUUGAGACAAAGCGAGUAAAGGAUAUGUGAGAUCUUUGUAUUACUUCUUACAACUGCAAAAUAAAAAGUUUUUAAAACUAAGUUAUAGUAACAAAGAACUCUGUGUCAAAACUAAAAUAUAAAGUUGAAAUAUCAAUUUUAUUUUUUAGGAAUCUGGUGGACAGUAACAAACUUUGGUGAAAUUUCAGGAACCGUAGCCAUUGAAAUGGAUGAAGGAACCUAUAUACAUGCACUUGACAACGGUCUUUUUACUCUGGGAGCUCCACACAAAGAAGAUGUUUUUUCUCCAAUAGUUGAUGAGUCCUCCAGAGCAGUUUACCGCUGUCAAAUUAUCUGAUUCCAGAAUCGCCCUGAAAUCUGGCUAUGGACAAUAUCUUGGUAUAAAUUCAGAUGAACUUGUUGGGCGUUCAGAUGCAAUUGGACCAAGAGAACAGUGGGAACCAGUCUUUCAAAAUGGGAAAAUGGCUUUAUUGGCCUCAAAUAGCUGCUUUAUUAGAUGCAAUGAAGCAGGGGACAUAGAAACAAAAAGUGAAACAGCAGGAGAAGAAGAAAUGAUCAAGGUAACUCAAGGUAACGAUGACAUUUUAUACAGAUGACUACAUUCACACAUGCGAUGUGACUGUAUCACCUUAAAAUGUUAAGUCAUCAUUUACUGUCACUUUAAAGAUUUAGUUAAUAGCUUUUUAUAAUGUGGUGUUUCAAAUAGACUCAUUUUUAAUUAUAAAUUCUAUAGUUGAUGGCUCGUUUAUACAAUGUGGUAGAGAAAUGAGUGCAUCUAGGAGCUACCUUGCCAUUAUCUCCAUGGAUUAGUAUCUUUUUCUGGUAGUUCCACAUGCUGUUUUUAGGCUUUCAUGUUCUUGUUUUCUUGCUUGUAUUUUAAAAUCUAAUUUUUAAAAUAGAUAACAUGUACACGUGGUCCAACAUUUUCAAAUAAAAGCAUAUGAAGACAUAUGCCUGCCAUGCGUCUUACUCACCUGUGUCCCAGCUCCUGUUCCUCUUUCCCUUUGUUUUUUUAUAGCCUCCUAAAAUUUCUUUAUAAACAUAUGAAUAUAUUUAUAAUUUUCAACUGUUUUACACUAAAGGUAGCCUCCUCUAUAUUCUUCUCGACUUUGAUUUUUUUUUCCUUAAAAUUGUAUCUUGGAGAGUUUUCAACUAUUAAUUUGAAUGUAGAAAGUUUUCUCUUCUUCUUGCUUUUCCUCUCUUUCUCUUUUUUAACAACCACAUAAUAUUCCAUUUUAGGGAUGUACCUUUAUUUAGUCUCUUAUAGAUGGAAAUUUAGGCUGUUUCCAGUCUUUUGCUCUUAUAAACAGUGCUGCAGUACAUAACAUUGAAUAUGCAUCAAUUUGUAGAUGUGCAGGUGGACCUGAAGAUAAAUUUCCAGAAGCAGAAUUACCAGGUCAGGGGUAUACACAUUUGUAUUUAUGUAAUGCUUGAGCUUCUGUGAUGAUAAUCACUCUAUGAAACAUAAAAAAUCAGAACUUCUGGGGCCUUAGCCCUUACAUUUUAAAAAUAUUUUUAUUAAUAGUACCCGUCUUCUUUGCAUUAGGAGAAACAUGAAUCACAUAAAACAUUAUUUUUAUUUUAUUUUUAAAAUUUGUGUGCAUCACUAAACUGGAAAUAAA